AUGUAUUCUGCAUCUAAAAUUCGUAAACCGUGGGGAACAAUCACACAUCCGAAAGAGAGAAACCCGAACAGUUUGCUGGGCUACCAGAAGCUAUCAGGGAAACAAGUGAAUGACGUUAUUAACAGACUCUAUCAAGAGGAUUGGCAUCAGAAACGAGAAAAAAUGCGAGCUAGUUCAAGAAAUGAGAACGUGAGACGGCACAAAACUAAAAAGACGGCAGAGGAAGUAAAAGAAAUUGUGCAAAGAUUGACUAGGAAUUCCGAAAAGAAUGUCACGGAUAGCAACAGAACUGGUGCGAUGAAAGAAAUGGGAAUUUACAAUACGUAUGCAUGCAAGGGAUGGAACUAA